GGAAAAAAGAGGGGGGCUAGAGAGAGAAAACACUGCCGGCUGUAGCUUGACUGGAGGGUUUCUCUGCCUGGUGAGGCAUUCACAUCCUAAAGCUCAUGUGGUAACAUCCAGCAUCGCUUGGCUUCCCCUGCGCACUGGCCUGAACCCAGGGAUUUGAAGUAGACAGGGCAGACAGACAGAGAGAAAGAGAGACAGAGUGCAUGUGCCUGAGAGAGACAGACGAGUUUGCAAGUAGGACAGAAAAAAGAAGAGAGGACCGGAGAACAGAAGAAGGGAAGAAGCAGGUGAGAAGCAAGCAGUUGAAAAGGAAUCUUGAAGACCCAGUGGUGAAGAAGAUCGAUUAGCUGACAGUACACUAUAAAUCCACUGAUAUGGCAGCCAUGGAAGCACUGGAGCCCGCAAUUGCUCAGCUGGAGCCACAAACCCUCACUGAGAUCUCAGACGACGAGGUCAACCUCCCACCCUCGGAUGACGAAGACGAUGCCCUUGCUGCAGCAAAGAAAGAGCUGUCCACCAUGGGUACAGAGGGGGAUGCCGUUGAAGACAAGGACGAGGUGAUGAAGAUGGACCAGCAGGUGAAUGGGGUGAUGGUGCUGUCUUUGCUUGACAAGAUCAUCGGAGCGGUGGACCAGAUCCAGCAGACCCAGACUGGGCUGGAGACUAGGCAGCAGGAGAUGGAGCGCUCGGUGAGCAACAUCCAGGGUGAGCUGACCAAACUGGCCAAGAGCCACAGCACCACGUCCAACAGCGUCAACAAGAUGAUGGAGAAGGUGCGCAAGGUGAGCGUCAAUGUCAAGACUGUGAGGGCCACCCUGGAGAAGCAAGGAGGACAGAUCAAGAAGCUGGAGAACAACGAGGCCGAGCUGCUCAAGAGACGCAACUUUAAAGUCAUGAUCUAUCAGGAUGAAGUGAAGGUUCCCUCAAGACUCAGUGUCUCUAAAUCCAUGAAGGUCUCUGAGUCUGUGUCAGGAAGCAGAGGAGGCAGCAUGCUAGAGCUCAAGGAAGCUGUGGAUGGGGCUGAAGAGGAGGGAGAAGGAGAGAAGGCAGACAAACCUCAUGUAGACCUCUCAUCAGAUGAGGAGGGGUUUGAGAUUGAGGAGACCAUAGAGGAGUCUCGUGCCGAGCGCAUCAAGCGCAGCAGCCUGCAACGUGUACAAACCCUUAAGACGGUCUUCUCCAGGGAGAAGAUGGAUAAGACCAGGGCAAAGACCAAGGAGAACCUGGAGAAGACCAAACAAAAAACCAAGCAGAACCUGGAGAAGACAAAGCAGAAGACAAAAGAGAACCUGGAAAAGACCAGGCAGAAAACCAAGGAGAACUUAGAGAAGACCAAACAGAAGACCAAGGAAAACCUGGAGAAGACACGCCACAACAUUGAGAAGAAGAUGGGAAAGCUUGGAACACGCAUGAGUGUCAACCCUGAGCGCAAGCAGAAGAUGCAGACAUCCCGUGACAAGGUGAAGAAAGCUUUCACACCUGACCAUGUUGUUUAUGCCCGGUCCAAGACUGCUGUGUACAAGGUGCCCCCCUUUACCUUCCACGUCAAGAAAGUCCGUGAGGGUGCCGUUGAGGUGGUACAUGGCACUGAGAUGGUGGAGGUGUCGCAGGAUGCUGACCCCUUCAGUGACGUGGAUGGGGAGGUUGAGGAGAGUGCAGUGGAGGUUGAGAUGGAAAUGAUGAAUGGAGGGGAUGAGGAAGAAGCUGAGGAGGAGGAGGAGGAGGACAGCCACAGCCAUGUCCUGCAGGAGAAUGAGGAUAGAGAUAGAGACAGCGACUAGAUAAAGAACAAGGAAUUUGCCAAGAUCCUAACAAAUCUUCUUGCACCAACCCUGAGGUUCUUUUGUAAAAAGUGAAUAAAUUGUGGGGAUUGAGAAGAUAGUUAAAGAAUAAUUCCCAUUUAUUACAACUUACAUCUUAGUGCCUUAUUUUUGUGAUUUUGGCCAUGAUUCCUAUCAGACGAUACCUUUGUAUUCACCUGGGUAAUUGCUGAGAUCUGGGGAUGUGGCAACAUUACUGCAAUAAAAUUUGACGGAUCAGUCAGAUGAUCAGACAGGCUGUUAACAAGCCAGCAGUCAUUAAGAUUAUCUAGACAUCUCUAGACAUCAUAAUUUUACUGUAGGCCUAUGUUUUGUCUUCCAAAUAAAUUUGUCUAAACUGAGGGGUUGUUUUCACCCUGUCUGAUCACCUGUCUCUUUCUUGCCCCGUUGGACUUUUAUUAAGGGCACCCAGGGCUGGAUUACCAACCAAGCAUAGUGGAGAACUGCCCCAGAACUCCAGGGGCCCUGAAAACUCCAGGCUUACUGUGUGUCAGCUGGUUUGUGCUAAUUUACGUAAAACUCCACACUUGUUUUAGCCUCUUUCAGCUCAUUGUUUUGGUUUUACAAACAUUACUGCUUUAGUUCAGUCUCACCGCUCUCGCCAGCGUCGUUUCUAGAAGCAGCAGCAGCAGUUGACUGUUUUCAGUGAAAACACUCUGAUAAACCCACUGUACACUACCUGCCCAGCACCAAACAGCAUAGCUGGUGAUCAUAGUGGAGCAUCCAGCAGCUGAAGAACCAGAUAUUUUUCUCAGGAGUUGGUAGAGACCAAACCAGAACUAAAAAGAGAGUGAAUAUUGGAUAAUAGA